UCGACGGAUUUCGAUCCUUGAUUUUGUAGGGCAAAGCUGGACCGCUUUGCUCGACAGAGCGGACGUAUCCAAAUCGGAGGGGUCCUCUAUUGAAGAGUGCAGCAAAAAUGUGAAGAAAAGGAUGGAAACCAUAACUCUCAGGAAAGAGGGUGAGAAGAAAGGGGCAAAGAACAUUUGGUUUGGUUUGGUCUGUGAUCGUCAGGUACCCCAGUUACACUCUUUUACAGCCAUUUGAAUGAUCUGAUUAGGCAGUGUUCCUGUAGCUCAACUGAUGCCAGCAAUGCUAAAGUCAAGGUUUGAUUCUGAAGGAAUGCAUGAACUGAGAAAAUGUAUAUCUCAUUUGCACUGUAAGUCACUUUGGCUAAAAGCGCCGGCCAAAUGUAUAAAUGUAAAUGUACAUGGACAAAACCUCUGGCACCAUACUCAGAGGCACAAUAGUGAUAACUCAUAACUUGUUACUUGAGGGGCUCAAACCAUCUACCUUCCAAAUACCAGUUGUAUUAUCCUGAAGGGUUGACAAAUGACAUCUUGCAAUGCAAAUUAUGUCUAGCAUCUAAAAAAAUUAAAAGCCAUUUUCUUUUCCUCACAGACAUGUGUAUAUAUGGCCACUGCCCAGCACAUGAUGACUUCUUCCUGGUGGUGUGCAGCCACUGUGGUCAGGUAGUAAAACCACAGGCUUUUGAGAAGCACUGUGAGCGACGACAUGGGCCCUUGAGCAAACUAUGCAGCACUCCGUCCAACUGCUCUUCUGACCGGCCCCAACAGGGGAGACCCCCCUCGCAGCACGGCAGCACCUGUAGGGGUCAAGUCAGCAGGAGCCAGGAUCCUGGACCCCCAAAAGUCCCACCACCUCACUCUCCCCACCAGGGACGCUCCAAACCACUACAUGAAGCACCAAGUCUUCAGCAGAUGGAUAAAGUUUUCCACGGAACCCCUCCAUCACCUCCACAUUUUUCCACUCCCAUUCCCAGAGACCCACCCUGGCAUCGGGGGCCAAGCCCACCAAAAGCAACCUCACCAGCUGAGAAACCACUCCAGAAGAGUUUGGACUCCCACACUCCCCUGCAUGGACCAAGAACUUACAGCAGAAUUGACAAGAAAGUCCUUAAGAAAGAAUGUGACUUGGACAAGCACUGUGGGGUGAUGGAUUCUGAAAGACAGAAAGUGUGCACCAGACUGCUUACGUGUAAUAUUCAUUCCAUCCAUCAGCGUCGGCAGGUGGUAGGGAGGAGUAAAGCCUUUGACCAACUUGUAACGGAGCUGAAGAUGAGCUCAAAGUCUCGAGAGCACCCCCCUCUGCCCAGAGAGGUUCCCCAUGGAGGCCUCCCCAACCCUGAGCUCUGUGGGUCUCAGAGUCGGCCUCUGCACUACACACACCAAACAACUAACUCUUCUAUUCUCAGGUCCAUGAGUCCAUCAGACAGUAGUGUAGAUAUAGAGGAGCAGAAGAUGCACUCUGAAGAGACACAGGUAGAGUCUGUUUCAGCUAGUCUCUCCAGUGAGGAGAGUGACGGGGAGAACCGUGAGGAAUUUGCUCAUCUACCUGCUAGCACCUGGCACCCUAAACCCCUGGGGCUUUGCACUUUCGGGGCACGUGUACUGGGACACAGUGUGUUACUGUUUGACCGACGGCUGCUCCACCUGCGGUCAGCAUUCACUGUUAUGAUGGAGAGGCACCUUAGCACUUAUCUGUGGAAGAAAAUCCCUCAGGUGUCAGAGCUAUGUUCUCAUCAACCGUCAGUCACUACAAAAUCCUACAAUUCCCAUGAUGCCAUGCGCAGCGCAGUACCUGCUCGCAGUGCCUCUUCUCUCAGGAUUAGCACCUCAGGACAAUCAGAGUUACCAACAAAAGCCCAGUCAGCCUCAGGUUCUGGCCGGCCCUGUAACCCAAUGGGCCGGCCCAGCAAACAGGCCUUGCAGACCAGAUUCAGGGAGCUUCAGGAGAGUCCUGUGGCCAGUAAGCGGCGGAAAUCUCCCCAAGAGGUUGAGGACUCGCCUGGACAGGGCAAGAUCUCAUACACCCCUCACCAUGGGGACUACCAGUCCUCCUUAGCCAGAACCAAAAUUUGUUCUCCACAUGGACCAUUCAAUGGUGCACUCGCACCUGGCAGCAAACACCGGCAAUCUGUAAAUGCCACUGAAAUGAAGGGGCUGACCAAGCAAAGUCCCAGCCGUAUGUCAACCCAUAUCUCCCCCUCUUCUUCCCCAGAGUCAGAUAAGGGAGGGUCCUCAGGGCUGAAUCAAAGGGCUGUUGGAUAUGAACUCAAAGGCCUUGGCAGGAAACGUAAGACUAGCGGUGCCUCUCCCCCCAAAAACAUUUCAUGUGCCCCAAAACCAAACAUCCUCUCCUCUUUCUCCCAAACCCACUCCAGUCGGGUGUCCUGGGGUGGGGAUGGUAGACCAGGAUCAGCCCAAAUUCUGCAAAAGAAACUGGGUGCACAGAAGCCAAAGCUUCUUCACUAAGGGACUGCCUUAAACUCCUUCAGAAGCACAGACUGACUGCCAUGUAAUUGGACGCUGACUUUAUGCACAGGAUGGUGGAAGAGUUUGCAGUUCACUGUAGCAGGAUGUAUCUGUGUGUUUGUGUUUUGUAUACUGAAUUUAUAUGUGAGUGAAUGUAUAUUGUGGAUGACCUGCAAUUGAGUAUAAAAAAUACCUCAAGACUUUCCUUAUGCUGCUAAACCGACUGUCCGAUAAUGAACUUUGAAAUAAAUAUGCCAACACCUU